CGUAUGCCAGCUUGGUAAUCUUGUAAUAUAAACACUGACUGAUUUUGUUGGCAGACAGACAAACAUUUCUCAAAUUUUGUAUUUUAAAAACAUGCCCGUAUAUCACGAAAGACAAACGCGACAAUUGUGUGCUUUACAUACUUUAAAUAAUUUAUUUCAAUCUCGCCAAGCAUUUACCAAGGAGCAGUUGGAUCAAAUAUGUACCCAACUAAAUCCAAAUGUAUUUCUAAAUCCACAUCGUUCUAUGCUUGGAUUGGGAAACUAUGAUGUUAAUGUUAUCAUGGCUGCAUUGCAGUUGAACAACUGUGAGGCCUGCUGGUUCGAUAAGCGAAAAGACCCUUCAUGCAUUGACUUAAACGCAAUUGUUGGUUUCAUUCUCAACGUACCAUCAGAUUAUAAAUUUGGCUUUAUAACACUGCCACUGCGUAAAAGACACUGGAUUGCUGUACGUCAAAUCGAUGGCAAAUUUUACAAUUUAGACUCAAAAUUACACACACCAGAAUGCAUAGGCAACGAACAGCAAUUAUUUGCCUUCUUAAAACAACAACUACAGUCAAAUGAUCGGGAGUUAUUUGUUAUUGUCGAAUCAAGUGCCAAUGAAAAUGAUCAACCCAAAAAAUGGUUAAAGGAAACACCUACAAAUGAAACAACCACAACGGCGGAGAUGACCAAAAAUAAUACAAAUUCAACGUUAAGGAAUGGUCAUGUUUCGUGAGUUAAGAAUUUGGUUGGAGCAAUGAGGACUUGUAUAUUAUUCAAAGGUUGUAAGGGAGUUACAAAUUUAUUGAUGAGCUAAGAAGAAAACGGAGAAGGAAUAGUUAAAACAAAGAAAAGCAAAAAAGACUAGUCUGGGUAGUUUUUCAAUGGAAAAACCAAAACCCACAUGAAUAAAACAAAUACAUACAUACGUACACAAUUUGUUAAUAUGAAUUCUAUUUUUUAUUUGAUUUCUUGUAAAAAAUGCUUUACUGUAAUCUCUUAAUUAUAUAUUAAUUAUUUUUAUGAAUGAUGAGAACUGUCGACGAAUAUCAAUAAAGAUAAAACUGUUAUUUAAAA